AUGCCAUCAUCAUCAAUCCGGAAGAAAGUAUGUGGCCUAAUACGUACCACAUUUUCAUCUUUAGCUCCUGAUCAUGGUAACGACAGUGAUAGUGAUCAUAAUGAUGGUAACUUGAUUGGUGAUAAACAUCGUCAUGGUAAACAUAUUACAAAUAAUGGUACUACUGUUACAACAACAACAACAACUACUAAUCCGUGUCUUUCUGGUAAUUGCUCACCGCUGAUUCCAACAUCUAGUAAUUCUUUCAUCUCACAAUGCAUUUUCAGAGGCAGGAAAAAUGGUGUGAAAUAUGGAACGGAAAUUUAUUCCGGUAAAACGGGUCUUGAUUUGCCGAUUCUGCUGUUAGAACCUUUGUCUAGGAAUGUUUGUGCUUCAUAUACUGGUCCAGAAGGUGGACUUAUGGAGGUAGGAAGCAUACGUCGUCAACCGAUUGUUCGAAUGGCAAAUUUAGAUGAUGAACUUUGCUUAAGUUUCGAUGGUGAUUUAUCGACAGAUAUAGGAAGUUCUUUGAAUGAUGAGUUUGAAGUUCUACAACAUAAUCAUUUGCGGCAGUCAUCAUCCGGUUUGAUAGGUUCAUGUACAUCACUUGUGGAUUCAGUCAUUAUGGGAGAUGCAUCACUACGAUCAGAUACUGAAAGUUAUAACUGGAAUUGUUUCGAUGAAGAACGCUGCUUCGGGAUAUCAACAACAUUGUAUGAGAAAAAUCCGUUGACGGGCAUAAAUGCUGGUAAUCCAAUAGCAGAUGCCUUUGGUAUUGUGGCUCGGGACAAUAACGUUAUAAUGGCAUUGGCUGAUGGUGUUAAUUGGGGCGAAGGAGCUCGUCUAGCUGCACGAUGUGCAAUACGAGGAGCUAUUGAUCAUCUCAAUUAUCAUCUUUUCGCGGAUAAAUGCAGAACAACCACUGAGGUAUUUCAUAUAUUACUUGGUGCAUUUCAUUCCGCCCAUGCACUGAUUUUGCAAGAAGGUGGUCUUCUAACAACGCUUUGUGUGGCUGUUGCAGUACAACUGAAAGAAAGUACUACAUGGGUGCUUUGCGUAUGUAAUGUCGGUGAUUCACUGUGUUUUGUGUACAAUCCGGAGACUGGCGUUCAAGAGAUUACAAUUGCUUCACACGACAUAUGCACCAUGCGUGAUAUGCGUGAUGCUGGUGGUGCAUUAGGACCUGUUGACGGUACGAAUCCUCAGUUACACAAUCUUACAUGUUCGAUGACAUUCGUAGAACCAAAUGAUGUGAUAUUCAUAACAUCCGAUGGUGUAUCUGACAAUUUCGAUCCGGUAGUCGGAAAAUUUUGCGUUAUCAAAAGACAAUCAGAGCCAAUCAAUACUUCAGAAAAACGUGGAUCAAUCGCAGUAUUAGGUAGUGAAGAUAAAAGCCGAGGUGCUGAAUUUGCUCGAUUACGCAUGUGCAAUACGUCGCUUCCAUGUGUUGAUGCUGAGGAGCGUCAUGAAUUAAUGUUAUUAAGAAUGGGUGAUAUAAUUUCGAAUGGUAUUCUUCCACCCACUUCAAGAUCAAGGUCUUCACCGGCACAUCGAUCACGGUCACCGAUCAACGGUGGCGUUACUGUUAGUGCUAGCAAAUUAUGUCACAAUCUCAUUCAGUUCGCUCGGCAGCUAUCCAUGGCAAAGCGUCGAACUCUGGAAGACCCGGAACUGUACCAAAUUGAGAAACAUCUGUCAAAAAGUGAGCAACGUAAUCAUCGUAAAAUGGUACGAUGUAAAUUGAGUGAAAUGCCUGGAAAAUUAGAUCAUGCAACAGUUGUAGCCUUUAAAGUUGGGAUUUGGCCAAAUGAUGAUGAUGAUGCGCCGACUGAGAGGUCAUUACUAGCAAACGACUGUUUGAAUGGCUCAAUUUCAACUAUACAUUGUGAAAACGGCGAAAACGAAGAAAAAGUGGAUAACGUUAAGUCAUCGGUGGUGGGAAAUGUCCAACAAGAAAUAACAUAUAAUGUAAAUUUCGUCGUACAGAACGAUUUUAUGGUACAUGCACAAACUUCCAUACCAUGUAGUGAUCCGGAAAAAGCAACUGCAACGCUGAAUGUGAAUGUUCAUAGUGUACAACUUGAAUUAGCUGGAAUGAAUAAAGAAAUAAAAGAUAGAAAUCCUUAUCAAGAGAUGCCGACAUCAAAUAAAUCAAGUGAUAUUAAUACCCAGAAAAAGCAUCCUCGUGGAUCCACUGGUCGUCAUACACUUUCAGUCGAUGUCGCAUGGUUAAAGAAAUUUGUAGUGCUCAAGAGUUCUGCAAAUGGAUCCAUGAAUGAAGAGAGGAUAAAGAACAAUUAUGCUGUGGAAAUUGAAAGACCACAAACAUUUUCACUGCGUCAGCGCCUUCGUAGUCUGGUGGGUUCGGCUCGAAGUAUAAUCCAAACAAGCACUGCUGGGACAUCGAAUAGAGAACUAUCUUCACGUAAUCCAUUUUCAAAGAAAGUAUCUUCCGCCAAUUCAUCGCCAAGGAAAAAAUCACAAGCUUACUAA